AUGGUAAGGAAGAAGAAGGAGCGAACAAGAGCUAAAUUUACAGGCGAUCAAAUGACCGCAGCAGUCCAAGAGGUCAAAAUAAAUGGGACUUCCCUUCGCAUUGCUGCAGAUAUGUUUGAUGUAAAUUUUGUCACAGUAAGGCGUUAUGUACUAAAGGAACGAAAUGACCCUAAUACUAAAAUGGAGCCGAAUUAUGCUGUUAGAUUAAUAUUUAGCACCGAACAGGAAAGAUCUUUAUCUGAAUAUAUAAAGACCUGUAGCAAAAUGGAAUUUGGGUUAAAUACUCAAAAAGUAAGAGAGCUGGCAUAUGAAAUGGCGGUCAGAAACAAUAUUAAUAUGCCAGAUACCUGGAGAAGGAAUAAGUGUGCGAGUAAGGAUUGGCUAAGAGCUUUUAUUAAAAGAACUAGGUCCUUAAUUAUUAGAAAGCCAGAAGCUUGCUCUUUAUCGAGGCUUACUUCUUUUACAAAACCUAAUGUCGAAAGGUUUUUCCUACAGCUUCAGAAAAUAUAUGAAGAUAACCUAGAAGUUGUUCAGGAAAUUCAAAUUUAUAAUUUGGACGAAACUGCUACUACGACUGUACAGCGUCCACAUAAAGUAGUUACACAAAAAGGGGUGAAACAGUUGAACCAGUGCACAAGUGCCGAAAGAGGAUUACUAGCCACUACUUGUGCUAUAAUUAGAGCAAACGGAACUUUUCUACCGCCGAUAAUUAUUUUUCCCCGAAAGAAGUUUGUCCCUCAUAUGUUAAAUGGCGCGCCCCCAGGCACAUUAGGACUAGCAAAUCCAAGUGGGUGGAUGACAGCCGAACUGUUUGUUGAGGUGUUAGACCACUUUAUUAAACAUACUGGUGUGACAAAAGAAAGGCCAUGCCUAUUAAUAUAUGAUAACCACGAAUCACAUGUGUCCUUGGAGAUAGCGGAAAAGGCAAAAAACAAUGGAAUCAUUAUCUUAACUUUCCCGCCACAUACGAGUAACAAGUUGCAGUCUUUAGACAAAGCAGUAUUUUACUCUUUUAAGAACUUUUACAAUGAUGCAAUAGAUUCGUGGCUCCUCACCCACCCCGCCGUACCCAUUGUUACGGUACCACAAGCUACCUAUUACAAUUUUAUUUUUAAGUCUUGGACCGCAGCAAGUGUUUGCUUCGGCUUAGCUCAGAUUUAG